UAUACAGCGAGAGGUCAGAGAAACGUCAGAUUGCUCAAGAUGUCGGUCGUUUGUCUCUCGUCCUUGGGUCGCUGUAGCGCCGUGGCAUUCCGUUCUUCCGCCGGAAUGGUGGCGGUUCGGUAUGCCCAGACAGCAGCGGCCACAGCCCCACAGCCUAGAAUCAAGAAGUUCCAGGUGUACCGCUGGGACCCAGACACAGUUGGGGACAAGCCCCGCAUGCAGACCUUUGAUAUUGACCUCAACACCUGUGGCCCCAUGGUAUUAGACGCCCUCAUCAAGAUCAAGAAUGAGAUGGACGGCACUCUGACUUUCCGUCGGUCCUGCAGAGAGGGUAUCUGCGGAUCCUGUGCAAUGAACAUCAAUGGAGGCAACACACUGGCCUGUCUGAACAAGAUUGACACCAACACCAGCAAGGCUACCAAGAUCUACCCUCUGCCACACAUGUACGUGGUCAAGGACCUGGUGCCUGAUAUGAGUAAUUUCUAUGCUCAGUACAAGUCGAUCGAGCCCUACCUGAAGAAGAAAGAUGAGACAAAUGAGGGAAAGGAACAAUACCAUCAGACUGUGGAGGACAGACAAAAACUGGACGGGCUGUAUGAAUGUAUCCUGUGUGCGUGCUGUAGCACCAGCUGUCCCAGCUACUGGUGGAAUGGAGACAAGUACUUGGGACCUGCUGUCCUCAUGCAGGCCUACCGUUGGAUGAUCGACUCGCGAGACGAGUUCACAGAGGAGCGUCUGUCCAAGCUGCAGGAUCCUUUCUCCCUCUACCGCUGUCACACCAUCAUGAACUGCACUAAGACCUGCCCCAAGGGCCUGAACCCAGGGAAGGCGAUUGCAGAGAUUAAGAAGAUGAUGGCCACUUACAAGGAGAAGAAAUCAGCUGCUGCUUGAACCCCCCCAUAAAUUAUACUAUAAUUAAGAUUCCCUACCAGUGGGUUCUGCUGGGCCUGCACACCUGUUAACUUCAACACCUCCACACUCUAGCACUACUGACUGACACUGGACUCCAAGGGAAAUGGGUGCACGCUGGAUUGGUGUGUGUACUGUAGCGAGCGUGUGUUUGUGUGAAUGCAUGGGUGCAUACUGUAUGUGAGACUUGACCCACUGAUUUAAAUGGUGCAUUCCUUAGUUCAUAUACCCAUUGUUUGGUCUCGUGUGGGUGGGUUUGAGUUCAGAGUGUGAUGGAUUCACAGAUAUUAAAUAUGUAUAUGAUCUGCAGCUCUUCCGUCAUAACUAUAUCUAUCAGGAGUCUGCUUGUAAUAAAUCCAAUGCUUUAAUGCCUGCCAUUGUUUCCUUUGUUAUUACGCCUGCUUCUGACCGGAUGUCUCUUUCACUUUAUUUCUUUAGUAAUAGUUAUCACCUCUCGGCUUUCAGCACCUUCAUUGAGUGGCUUGAUUCUUUGUACAGCAUUUGAAUGGUGAUGGAUUUUAGGAUCAGCUAAAAAUAAACUGAACUUGUGUGCUACA